GCUCAACAUAAAAAGAGGGGCUUCCCCUUCUUUCCUCUCAACAAAUCUCGAGAGACUAAAUCCUCGUCCCCCUCCUCUCCAUUCACCUUAGCACUCUCUUAUCUUUGUAACUCUCGGUCUUAGCAUGUGUGAAUUGGUCCUCUUCCCACUACCAUCUUCUUCUUUCUAGUUGAGAUUGUGUAUCAACAAUUAUUUAUUUGUAUUUAUAAAUUUUAUUUUAUUUUUAAAUGGUAGGAUUCAUAGUUAGAGAUCCAAAUCACGGAAGUAGUAUAAAUAGGUAGGUAGGUAAGGUACCUGAAAACUAAAGUCCUCCUACUUCACUAAUCUUAUACCCAGGAUCAUAGGCACUUCCUUUUUUAAGUUAUAAAACCCAAGGAAGGAUUCAACUUGUCUAGGUUCGGUGUACCUAACCCAAAGUCAGCUACCUAUAUAUUUCUCUCUUUUCCUUUGUUGUAUCGGUUUCAGUUGUGUGAUAUAUAGAUGACGAUGUUGGAAGAGCAAAAGGAUCAAUCCACUUUGGUGAACCCACAACUGUCGCCGCCAAAUUCAUAUGGCGCCGUCGUUCUUGGUGGCACCUUUGACCGCUUGCACGACGGCCACCGCCUCUUCCUCAAAUCAGCAGCGGAGAUUGCCAGGGAUCGAAUCGUGGUGGGUGUUUGUGAUGGUCCCAUGUUAUCCAAAAAACAGUUUGCUGAAUUGAUACAACCCACUGAAGAAAGGAUGCAUAAUGUUGAGAAUUACAUUAAGUCUAUCAAACCAAAGCUAGUAGUCCAAGUUGAACCUAUUACAGAUCCCUAUGGACCUUCAAUCAUUGAUGAACAUUUGGAGGCCAUUCUUGUCAGUAAGGAGACAUUACCAGGUGGAGUCUCCGUUAAUAAGAAAAGAGCUGAAAGAGGCCUUUCACAGUUAAAGAUUGAAGUUGUAGAUCUAGUUUCUGAAGGAUGUAGUGGAGGCAAGUUGAGUUCAACAACACUAAGGAAGCUUGAAGCUGAGAAAGCCAAAAACCAAGAGUCUGCCACAAGCCUGAUGGUAACAAGCUGAUAUCAUAUCAAUGGCUGCAAGAAAGGUGGUCAUAUUUCGAUGGUUUUUUUCUUUUUCUUUUUGUGAAACUCCAACAGCAAAAAUGUACAAGGACACCUGAAAUUUAAUAAAAUUAAGCAUGCAAGUUUCUUCUUAUUAAAA